CGGAUUCAUCCCCCUGAUCUCAUUCCGGCCAGCGAAGCUUCGGCAAAAUCCAAGACGUACCUUGUCUCACUUCUCAGCCACCGUCGUUUCUCCUUCUCCACCUCCAUCGCCGGCUGACGGCUGUUAUUGGCGAAACCAGGUGCCACCGAAACUCUAUCUGCGACCAGCCGUUGACUAAUUUUUCUGCGAAGAUUGGCAACUUGCUAGCUGUUACCUAUUUAAGCUAAUUAUCCGAGUGACUUCAGAUACGAAGAUGCCUUACGAAAUAACUGAGCAAACGAAGGUUGGUGCGGGUCUUAUUGGUUUCGGUAUCUUAUUCUCAUUUCUUGGCAUAAUUCUUUUCUUUGACCGGGGUUUGCUUGCUCUGGGGAAUAUAUUUUGCUUAACAGGGGUAGCAAUUUUGCUUGGUUGGUAUUCUACUUUGCAGCUGUUUACCAGUAGAAGAAACUACAAGGGUACUGCUUCUUUUAUUCUUGGACUUUUCUUCAUAUUUGUUCGUUGGCCAAUAGUUGGCAUAAUCUUGGAAUUAUAUGGGUGCUUUGUUCUCUUUGGUGGCUUUUGGUCAUCUGUCAAGGUUUUCCUCUAUCAUAUUCCUGUUAUUGGAUGGGUUAUCAUGCUCUUAGAUCGCAUGUUAGGAGGCUCUAAUUAAACACAAGUUGGUAAGUUCAUCAAUUGAUCACCAGAAGAGAAAAGCCCUCUGAUUUCCGCUCUAGCCAUGGCAGCUGAUGAUGGUAGUAAAAUUUUUGACAUUUCCUCUGGGAUGCUAUCAAAGUUUUUAGUUUCUUGCCACAUGGAUGUUUAUAAUGUGUCUGUUAUCUCAAAACCGAAGCCUUGCUUGUCAUAUCAUGGAACUUAAUCUCCGCGGCUCUACAACACUGUUCUACCAGGUCUCUUAUUAACCUUUCAGUUUAGUUGUGUAACAUUCCUUUCAGAUUUUUUUUUUUCCCAUGCAAACCUUGCAACACUUUUCUUCUACUGAAUCCUUAGUAUGAACGAGGAACAUCAUUUAUAUCUCAAACAGUUUGGUGUAUUGGAGUCUAAAUUAUAAAAUGCCAACUGUUUGACUGAAGGGUUGCACCCAUUAUCAAGGACCCCUCAUCAUCCAAUGGUUAUUAUCACUUGGCGAGGCAUGUGAAACGAUCCACUCGAUUGAUGGUAAGUGGCCAUUGAAAACCUUCUGUCAGAUAAAAAUGGUAAGGAACAGCUCGCCCCAAAAUAUAAUGGUGAGUGAAACUCAAUAUUUUAUUCCUUCAUCAUUUUUCCUAAGGUGAUGAUAUGGAGGAUAAAUAUACAGGACGAUUUUAUGGGACCAAUGACAUGGUUUGUUGAUUGUUUGUUAUAUGGAAUCCUUUUUGAAAUAAUACUUUGCUAAGAUG